AUGGCCACGAAAUUCAUCUUUUUGUUAAUUACACUAACAGCUGGACAUUUGGUUUCGGCAUAUGCUCCAAUGUCUAAGGAAAGUAUUUUUGCGGAUGUCCUCCUUACGGAACUCUUAAAUCGCAUGGAAAAAGAAAACGACCCACUCAAUAAUUAUUUCGACCUCGAUGGGGAUUUACCCAAAGGCUUGGAUCUCGUGUCACGUUCUUCGGGACAAAAUGCACCCGAAGAUUAUGAAUAUCGCAAUAUCUUUCCAGGGGGUUCCAAUCCAUCCAUACGUGACCAGGAAUUAAUGCAACACAGUUCGUUGUGGGGACAUCAGUAUGUGUCCGGUGGUAUGGGCGAAGCACCCAACCAUUUCCCAACAUUGAUUAAAACCGAUGCUAGCUUGCCAGCCUAUUGUAAUCCACCAAAUCCAUGCCCUCAGGGUUAUGAUCAGAGUGCCGGUUGCAUAUCCGAUUUCGAAAAUACCGCAUUAUUCAGUCGCGAAUACCAAGCAGCCCAGGAUUGUACUUGCGAUAGCGAACAUAUGUUUGAUUGUGCUGGUCAGGACUCUAGUGCUGGCAACAGUGAGAUGGCUUCGACAAUGGAAAAGUUCUUAAUGCAUCAGUUUCAAAGUGACAACUCCAUUGACAACUCAAAUGCUCCAGUCAAGAAACACUUUGGUAUUUCCCCUGCUGCCGCUGCUGUUAAUCCAUUCUUGGAAGGUGACAAAUUGCCAAUAGCGGCUAAGAAGGGUAAUCUCAAUCACAUCAAGGUCUAA